AUGCCUCCCAGACGGUCCACAUCGAGAGUAUACGCGAACGUUAAUGAGAGGCUGGGACCGGCUUGGUGGGAUUAUGAUAAUUUGACCGUGCAAUGGGGGACGCAGGAUCACUAUGAGAUCGUGCGAAAAGUAGGACGAGGAAAAUACUCCGAGGUGUUCGAAGGGAUUCAUAUUGUGAACGACGAAAAGUGUAUUAUCAAGGUCCUCAAACCCGUAAAAAAGAAGAAAAUCAAGCGCGAGAUUAAGAUUCUGCAGAAUCUGGCCGGCGGCCCAAACAUUGUUGCACUCCUGGAUGUUGUCCGCGACCCCAUAUCCAAAAUACCUAGUCUUGUCACCGAAUACGUCAAUAACGUGGACUUCAAGGUUCUUUAUCCCAAGUUUACCGACUUUGACGUCCGUUAUUAUAUACUCGAGUUACUCAAGGCCCUGGACUUUUGUCACUCCAAAGGUAUUAUGCAUCGUGAUGUCAAACCUCACAACGUUAUGAUCGAUCAUGAAGCGCGCAAGCUUAGGCUCAUUGAUUGGGGGUUGGCUGAGUUUUAUCACCCCAAAACAGAGUAUAAUGUCCGUGUGGCAUCUCGCUACUUCAAAGGCCCCGAACUACUUGUGGACUUCCAAGAGUAUGAUUACAGCCUUGAUAUGUGGAGUCUAGGCUGUAUGUUUGCAUCGAUGAUUUUCCGCAAGGAGCCCUUUUUCCAUGGUCAUGACAAUUACGAUCAACUCGUCAAGAUCACCAAAGUCUUGGGAACCGAUGAGCUUUAUGCCUACCUCGAAAAAUACGAUAUCGAGCUUGAUGCUCAGUAUGAUGACAUCUUGGGAAGAUACCAGCGCAAGCCAUGGGCACGCUUUGUGACCUCGGAGAACCAGCGUUAUAUUAGUAAUGAAGCAAUCGACUUUCUGGAUAAAUUACUACGCUACGACCAUCAAGAGCGUCUGACUGCUCUCGAGGCCCAAGACCACCCGUACUUUGAUAUUGUGAAAGAGGCGGCCGCAAACGCAGCCGAGGCUGAGAGCGAUGGGUCUGUAUCUCAAUAG